AAGGAUCCUAGAUUAGGUCGUCAUUGGGAAAAGGCCGGAAAAUUAUGUCAUUGGUCAACGCGUUCCUAAACUUUUAUUUAUUCUACAUUUCUAUUCAAAUCGUCAGAAGAAAAUAUUUACAUUCUCUAUUCUGUGAUUUCGAAAGACACAUUUUUAAUUUUUAAUGUUUCUUUUCAUUGAUACCUAAAUUUUUAUUGGUGAGAAUUUAACGACGAGCGUACCUAUGCUUACCUUCAUCUAAAGUCUAACGAUGUCGAAAAGUAGAAGUGAUUCAGACGAUACCUUCAAAACUGUAUUUAAAUUAAUUUUCACAACCAUGGUGUCGAAGACGAUACCAAAAAACGUACCGAAAAAAGAUCGUGAUUUUGUUGCUUAUACUAAUACGAAAUUUUGGAAAAAUGAAUUUCCUUUGCUGAAUGAAACUUUAAAAUGUCAAGAAACGUCCAAACAACGUGUAGGCACCGUUUUGAAAGAAUACGCCAGAUAUUGUACGCUACACGGUAUUCAGUAUGUUUUUAAAGAAAAUUCUACAUUUAUCGAAAGAUUAGUUUGGUUCGCGAUUAUUCUGACCAGUUUCGCUUGCGCAAGUUUAUUGGUCAAUACCAUGUGGACGAGAUUCAGCACAUCUCCAACCAUGACUGCAGUUAAGGAUACGCAUUUGCCUCUCUAUUCGCUACCUUUUCCAGCCAUUUCGGUCUGCUCAGCGGAUAAAAUUAAGCGCGAAGAAGCCUACCAUUAUCUGUCCGAGUACGUGAAUUUAUCCGAUGAAGACGAAUUACAAGAAGUGAAUAACUUCUUGAGUGCCAUGUCACUGUUCCAAUUACCUCUAUACUCCAGAAUGAGCGUUUAUUUACAAAAUGCCGAUAGUAUUUUACCUGCUUUAGCACGUGUUAAUUUAACUGAUUUCAUGUUACAGGUUAUGCCAACCUGCGAAGAAGUUUUUAAUAGAUGUUUUUGGAUAGGCAAAUCUACCAACUGCUGUGAAAUGUUUAAUUUACAGAGAACAGAAGAGGGAUUCUGCUACUCGUUUAAUUCAUUGACGUCUCAUUUUGAUGAAAAUUGCAAUAAAAUUGGAGAUAUUGGUAGUUACAGCGAAUUUUCUUCCAUUAAAGCGUGCCCAUUGAGACGAAACGCGGCAGCCGGUUCGUCGUCGGGAUUAGAAAUAUUUUUGAAAUCUUUUAACGUUUCAAAUAGGAUUAUAAACGCUACUGAUAUUGUUGGUAUUCCAGGAUAUAAGGUUCAAGUAUUUUACGUUUCCGAGUAUCCCGAAGCAGGAAUGGGUAAUUUGAUCGAAUCUAAAAAGGGAAUAAAAUUGGCACUUACCAUCAAGCCGUAUGUUACCAUCAGUACGCAAACGAUUCGUAAAUUAGACAUCAACGAUAGAUUUUGUUACUUCCCCGAUGAACAAAAACUCAGCGUUUCUUCUUCGUACUCGCAAAAAUCCUGUUUAAUCGAGUGCAGACUGGGACAUUUGAAGAAAGUUUGUAAUUGCAGACCAUUUUUUUUCAAUACUGAAGAUAAUACUGUACCAGUGUGCAACGCUACACAAAUUCAUUGUAUUGCAGAACACAAUAGUGAGUUGGUAUUUUUUAGUCCUCCCAGCGUUGACAUACGUGGCUUCAACGAUAGCGAUCUGACAUCUUUGCUGAAUUGUUCGCAAUGCUUACCUACCUGUCAUGAAAGUAUCUACGAUAUAGACACGGUUUUUACAGAAGACACGCUUCCAUUAGCUCAAGAAAGUUACGGUGGUUUGGAUAUUUUUUACAGGAACGAAGGCGCGGUCAAAUAUCAGCGUGAUGUAACAUUUGGAUGGGAAGACUUAUUAGUUUCUUUCGGAGGUAUCGCUGGAUUAUUUUUAGGUUUCAGUUUGCUCAGUAUUGUAGAAUUUCUAUACUGGAGCAUAAAACUAACAGUGCAUCAGUAUCAGGUCUGAACAAAUCCAUAUUUUAAAAUUUAACCUUCUUUCGAAAGCUGA